UACUUUGCAGAUAAUUUGUAAAGAAAGAAUAAUCAACAUUCAACAUGCCUCAAAACGAAUAUAUUGAAAGACAUCGUAAACUAUAUGGACGACGUUUAGAUUAUGAAGAAAGGAAAAGAAAAAAGGAAGCUCGUGAACCACAUAAACGAGCAGAACGUGCUCGUACUUUACGUGGUAUAAAAGCAAAGAUUUUUAAUAAAGAACGAAGAAAUGAAAAGAUUCAAAUGAAAAAGAAAAUAAAAUGUCAUAUGGAAAAGAAAGUAAAAGAAAAAUCAAAUAACAUACCAGAAGGAGCAUUACCAGUAUACCUAUUAGAUCGUGAUAUUAAAAAAGAUGCUAAAAUAUUAUCAAAUAUGAUAAAACAAAAACGUAAAGAAAAAGCUGGAAAAUGGGAUGUACCAAUACCUAAAGUUAAAACACAAUCAGAAUCUGAAGUGUUUAAAGUAAUGAGAAGUGGAAAAUCUAAACGUAAAUCUUGGAAAAGAAUGGUAACAAAAGUAACAUUUGUUAGUGAAAAUUUUACCAGGAAACCACCUAAAUUUGAAAGAUUUAUUAGACCAAUGGCGUUACGUUUUAAAAAGGCACAUGUAACUCAUCCUGAAUUAAAAGCUACAUUCUGUUUGCCAAUUAUUGGAGUAAAAAAAAAUCCAAGUUCACCAAUGUAUACAAAUUUAGGUGUUAUUACCAAAGGAACAAUUAUUGAAAUAAAUAUUUCAGAAUUAGGUCUUGUAACUCAAUCAGGAAAAGUGGUUUGGGGAAAAUAUGCUCAAGUUACAAAUAAUCCUGAAAAUGAUGGUUGCAUUAAUGCCAUAUUACUUGUAUAAAGUAUUUUUAUUAAAUAAUUAUAUUGUGAUUUGUAUGAUGUGUAAUAAAUAUUAUAAAUAUAAUUAAUAAAUAAUAUAAUAAACAUAA